CUGGAGACCUAGUCGACUCCACACCAGAUCCACAUCGAUGCUUCACGCUCUAUAUGGUUCAUGCAAAGAUUUCAUUUUCUGCGAUUUCGAAGUUGCUUUCGUUCUGCCUUCGUGAAUGACGAUUGGUUUGCAUUUGCUACAGAGAGGAGUCUAUUGUCUCUAUCCGAUGCGGUGAAAUGCGAUUUGCUUCGAACGACAACGAUCUAUCGGCCAUCUUCCCAAGAGUUUAUCGAUCACCAUCCCCUUGAAUAUUUCUUACACAGUUGUCUUGAUCGCUAUGUAAUCGGAACUAUUGAUUGGUCUGGUGAUGUAAAAACUUGCAUCGAUAUCUGAUGUUAACUUUGCUGAUAUCGUAACGGUUGUCUUAAGGAUGAUGUCGCAUCCCUGCGUGCGAGUAUCAGGACAUCAUGAACGCCCACGGGCAAUCGCGCUGAAACUCGAUCGUGAUUGUUUUUGCAUAUUUCAGGAGAAAUUCAAUUUUUAUCCGGAAAGCUGCCUCAGAUGAUUAUCAUUAAUUGCUUAAUAUACUAUUGUGAUGAGGUACAUAAUGCUUGCUAUUGUCUCAGUGCUCGCAGAGGUUGUAAUGAGCUGCGCUUGAAUGAAAACUGUGGAAACGACUGCGCAUGCGUGUGGAUGAUUUGAAAUUGUGCUGAGUCAUGUUAAGAAGAAACCCCGAUUCAACGCGGGUCAUGUGAUCAUAUCAUGAAAGUGAGCUUUCGUUGGACUCAUGUCAUCAUGUUGAUAUGCAAAUUACUCGCUAUUUGUUCCUCGCCCCCUGCGAUGGCAGACUUGGUAUACAACCCCAGAACUGAUGUUAAACUAUGCGGCCGUGGAGGGCGCCCUUCGUGGCUCUGUGAUCCAUUUUAUAUACUUUCCAGAGAACAGGCUGACGAACUUGACUUUGCCCUGGAGGAAAUACGUUCGACCACGUCAUGUGCUUGUACGCUGGAGCAAGCCUGCAAUGUGACGGACAGCGGUUACACGAUUUCCAUCGCCAUUUUGCCUUAUUUACCGUCUACCAGGCAGGACCCGGUAACGGCCCGAAACUAUGCCGAUUUUCUGCGCAAGAAGUCAUGGAUGUUUGGAAAAUGCGAAGAUGAUGUGGUGAUUGUUGUCGCUAAGCAAGAUAAAGAAGUAUAUGCUUCGGCUGGCCCUGCGGCGGCAUUAAAACUGAAGUUAUUGAUCAUGGAAGACAUCUACUCUGACACCAGGCAAUACUUCCAAGAUGAGGAUGUUUUCACCGGGCUUAAGGUGAUGGUGGAGAGCUUUCGGUCUGUCCUCCAAGACUCGUACUCCAUCUCGCCCGACUUUCCCGUGUGGCCUAUCGUCCAGAUGGGCAUCGGGGCCCUGUUCGUCCUCAUCUGUUUCUGCAGUAUGUACCUGUGUCGGAAGCUGUUUUCGUAGCGCGGACUUCAGCAACCACGGACGUCAUCGUCAUCGUCGACCACGGCCUCAGAGACCGACUUCCAUGCAGGACCAUCCAUCAUAACAGAUGGUGGUAGUGAGAAUCUACACCGCGACAGGUUAAUUGGUGCUAAUGGACGCUGUGCCAACCGGCCAAGAUUGUAAGAAGCUCGCCAUCGUGAUGCGGUUGCUAUAGCAACGCAUCCGCUGCACCUGAGCAUCGCCCUAGAUCGCGACGCUGACACAAUAUUGUGCCGUGUUUGGGGUGAGCUGCAUCCAAGCGCAAAGCAUGGAAACUGAUUGAUUUUUUUUCAAAUCCAUUCCCCGGUGCUAAUGUGAUCAUCGCGGACUGGAUUCUCCCUACUUGGUCACGGGUUAGUUAUGCGGCGAUUUCUGAUGCAGGUGGGCGCAUAUGAAUUUAACAUUUAUGCGCCUACUUUACUUGUCACGUCGUGCUAAAUCAUAUGUUCCAAUUAUCCAUGGUGCCUAUAAAAAUAUCACAUUUUUUCAUCUUUGCAUUUUGAGGGAGUCCUUGUGACGGAUCUCAAUUAGUUAUUGCAUAUAUGACGUUGGUGCGUUUUAAGCAAAGGAGAAUGAUGGGUUUAUUUGAUUUAAACGAUGACGUAGGUAUAACAUUGGAAGUUAUAUCGCUGUCAAUAAUGUCAACGAUGUAAUAAGAAAUAAAUUUACUUCUGAUGUUAGUUCGCAAAACAUCUUUAGGAGAUGAAACGAAAUAACUUAACUACCUUUGUGAUGAAAUUCGCCCGGCUGAUGUCAUAAAAGAUUGUGAUACGUUAGGCAGUUUUAUCCUAAAAAGCAAUGUUACAUUUUACUAAGGAAAUGUUUCAUACCACCAAAUAUCUCAGUCGUACCAUUUUGUGUCCACAGCGAUGUCGUCACGACUUUACAGGGAUUCUAUCACGAUAAUUUUUGUUCGAUAAGGUGUUCUUCUCGUAUACCUCAAUUUCAUCAAUUUGACUGCGAAAUCCGCUUUACAGCGGUUCUUAACCGAUAACUUGGUUUUCUUGUGUAUUCAUUUUUUUGUAUGUGUGUGUUUUCGUUGACGUAGGUCAGACUUGUUUACUAUGGAGCAAUAGCAAGAUCUAGACUUUUUUCUCCAUAAUUGUAGUUUAAAGCUCUAAAAGACCCGGUGAUUUUGAUCGAAUAAAUUGCUCUCUGCCAAUAGGAUGCGAGGAAAUUUGGUAGCUUUCAGCAAUAUUUGGUGAAAAGCACCGACUGUUAGUGUCGUGAAACGCUCGCCACGGCAGGAUAGCGGACAGUUACGUUCCAUAUCCGAUACUGUCAAGAAGCUAGACUUAAUAUGACGGUGUCAUCAGACGGGUCCAUGAUAAUAAUCAGUGGCCAGGACAGUUUGUAGGCGCUGGCGCCAUUUCUUGAAUACAUUCCUCCGUUGUCCAAGCUUUGUUGGUUCCGAUUGCUGGAAUUCGUUUAAAGACCAUCGUGCCCAAAUGAUAUCCCUGAGGCACCACCAAACUUGCAAAGUGUAGGUCCAUUGGUUGCAUGGUUCGUAGAUAUCUAUUGAACCCCAAAACAUGCUGAUGAUGCAUGCGGAGAUUAAUGACGCUAUCUUCAUCCCCAAAGAUUUUACAUGAAGGCUAUUUAAUAGAUUCCAGACCCGCAGUGCAUGCAUGUCUCUCUCCUCGACAAUACAUGACAGGUCGGCGAUUGUUUUCUUUAUUUGUUCUUUACCUUUAUAAGCAAAAUUCAACAUAAAAUUCUGUCUAGUCUGCGUCAAGAAUUGAUUCUUUGGUCCUAGUGUCGAUAGAUAGUCCCAUAUAUUCAAUUGGACCUCAUACAAGUUAAGUUCUAUCAUCUAGGGAAGGGAAGUUUGCCCCUGUAAGUAUGAAAGCAGUCACUGUACUAUAUAAUAGUAAUCUGAUGGUCAGGUCGUCAGGAUAAACUGAAGAUGGCGCACAGGAUACGCGGAA